AGCAUAUAAGGAGACCCCGGCGAGCAGCUGCUGGUGGUGUGACACGGUUGUUUGGACUCUCAAAACUCGCUGAGCUUCCAGUUCUUUUGUAAUACAAAGCCGACGUUUCAUUCGAGCAUCGGAAAUCAUUUCCUCAGGGCUUGGGUUUUCAGAUGCAUUAGCUUUCCACACCUGACAUGCCGGUGUUUGUGGAAGACCCCUCUCAGUUCUCCAAAGAGAGGCUGAAGUCGGAGCUCAUAGCGCAUAAUGUGGAUCUUCCCCCACCGGAGAGCAAGAAACACGCUUAUGUUGAGCUUUAUCUGAAACAUGUGAGGACAAACGGCACAGAUUUCUCUAGUGAUGAAGAGGAGGAUCAUUUUAAUGCCAACGCCGAGAAAGAAGAAGCGGCAGACAUGGUAGACCUGAGCUUACUGACUGAUGAUCAGCUGAAAGCCAAACUGCUCCAGUAUGGGGUUAAAGCCGGACCCAUUGUAGCCUCCACUAGAGGUUUAUAUGAAAAGAAGCUGAAAAAGCUGCUGGAUUCUUCAGCACAGACCUCACAGCACAGAAUCAACGGCACAGGGGAUGCAGGCCUCUACUCGGACAGUGAGGAAGAGGCUGAGAGGGAGGAAGACGAGGACAAGGACUCUGACUCAGAGCAGCUUCGGUCUGAAACGGUGUCCCGUACAGAGACCAGCAAAACAGGAAGCAGAGUGGGCGUGUUCAGUAACAGCAGAGAUUUUUACCCACGCUGCUUUGUGCCCUCAACUGGAUUUGUAAAUGGAAAGAUUCAGCACAAGUCUUUAAACUCCACCCAGAAUGGGUCUUUGGGUCAAAGUGGGUCCCAGUGCAGAUCCUUCAGCAUCACUCAGAUGGUGGAAGAGAUGGAGAACAGAUUCAGUUCUCAGUCAAAACAAUCAGAGAUUGAGAGGAGAUCUGGUCAGAGAAGCAAGCAGACGGUGGACAGCAGGGACCUGCGGGACUACAUGAGGCUGGAUAAAGACACCAUGACCGGCAGAUCUCUUUGUUUAACAUCUCCAUCAACCCAUAAGAAAAAAACUGAACCUGUGACGGAUGUUCUUUCAGAGAUGUUCCCUGACACUGCCAAAACCCCCACUGGAAUCUAUGCUACAAAGAGACGGCCUAUAAAGGGAGCCGCAGGCCGCCCUGUGCAAUUUAAAUACCCUGAAAUGCCGCUACUGAGUCCGACUACACUGGAGAGGCAGGAGAUUCAGCAGCGUCUAGUGCCUCUGUGGGUUCAGAUCAUGGUAUUUCUCCUGGUGGCCUGCCUGCUGUUCCUCAUCUACUCAUCCAUAGAAGAGCCACUCUCCAGUCCUUUCACUGCGCUGUUCGAUGGUCUGCAUGAUGCUGCUCUUAUAUCCACCUCACAGGACUCCCCCGCCACUGACGAUACAGCUUAACACUGAUGCCAAAGGAAGUUAUUGCAAAUUCAUCUCAGGUUCUAGUCAGCAAGAUGUCAUAUGAUUAUCUUUUAUAAAGUGGUGUCAGAGGUUUGUGUGUUUGGACUAAAUGAAACUUCAACCAUACCUGCCUUCAAAGACCUCCUAGGAUUUUAAACUUGAACUGAUGGGAUGUGUAGUUGGCUAGUCCUGUGCAUGGAGUGUUUGUUUUCUCUGAUUGAUCUUUUACUACAAAUGUGUAUUUUAUACAAUUUUCCUUGUUUUCGGGUUGUUUGUGCUUUUGUCAUCAGCUACCUGAACUCAUGCAGGAACACUCACAUUCUUCUCUUACAUCUUACACAGCUGGAAUAAUGAGUAAUGUAUGGUCUCUUUCAGUUUUUAAACACGUACUUUGUUUUAUUUGUGAAUAAAUAAAUAUGUUCUCCUAAAA